UCUUUGUUGUUUGUUGAAGCUAAUUUGACUGGUUUUAAUUCUCUUCUAUUUUUCUCAAAUUCAAUGCAAUGCUAUAGUUGCCACCUUCUCUUCACUGCAUUGCAACAACGUUACUAACCUCAUCUCAACGUAACUCACUUUCCAACAACGUUAUAACCUACGAUUUCUGUCUCUGCUUUUUUUCUUCUUCACAAUAACUGAAAAAGAUAAAAACUUUUAACUAAUUUUUGUUCUUUAACUUCCUCAUGGAUUCAUCAGACCCUAAUCAUAAUCAAAACCAAAGCAAUAAUCGCAAGCGAACCUUCGAUCACUUGUAUACAAAACCCCAUGCCGAAGAAGAAGAAGAUUCUCCUAUUUCCAACAUGGACCCUAGAAGGUAUCAGUUAGAGGUGUUUGAAGUUGCAAAGAGGAAGAACACAAUAGCAGUAAUGGAUACAGGUUCUGGCAAAACAUUGAUAGCUAUAAUGCUUAUAAAACACAUUGGUCAAACUAUUAUUAGGUCUAAAGGUGAAAAGAAGUUGAUUGUUUUCUUAGCUCCUACUGUUCACCUUGUGAAUCAGCAAUACAAGAAUAUAAAACAUAAUACAGAUUUUCAAGUUGAGGAAUACUAUGGAGCUAAAGGAGUUGAUACGUGGAAUUUAAAGAGCUGGCAAAAGGAAAUUAAAGCCAAUGAUGUACUGGUUAUGACACCCCAGAUUCUUUUGGACGCCUUAAGAAAAGCAUUCUUGAGUGUAGAAAUGAUAUGCUUGAUGAUUAUUGAUGAGUGUCAUAGAGCAACUGGCAACCAUCCCUAUGUAAAAAUAAUGGAGGAAUUUUAUUACCAAGCUAAUGAAAAGCCAAGGAUUUUUGGGAUGACAGCAUCGCCAGUUGGUAAAAGAGGUGUUUCCUCUACUUUGGAUUGCGAGGGUCAGAUAUUAGAUCUUGAAAACAUCUUGGAUUCUAAGAGAUAUACUGUUGUAGAUCGGACAGAGAUGGAUGUAUAUAUCCCAUCUGCAAAAGAGAGUUGUAGAUUUUAUGAACAAGCAAGAUUUCCCGCUUUGAGUUUGAAGCCAAAAAUUGAAGCCUCGUGGUCGAAGUGUAAUGUGUUGUCAGAAUUUCAAAGUGACUAUAAGGAUAUGGACAAUAAAUUUAAGACACUGCAUCAGCAGAUGUCCAAUGAACUUGCAAAAAUUUUAUACUGCGUCGAAGAUCUUGGACUGUUGUGUGCUUAUGAGGCUGCUAAAAUCUGUCAUGAGAAGUUCUCCAAAAUUCAGGGAGAGUGUGAAGUUUACAGAAAAUGCUAUCUUCAGUGUGUAACUGUCAUUGAAGAAGUAAUCCAAAUAAUUGAAGAAUCCCUCCAUCUUGCAGCUGAUAAAAUGACUUUGGAUGUUGAAUUUGAUUGUUCAAAGGCUGUAGACAUGGGAUACAUAUCACCAAAAUUACUUGAACUCAUUAAUCUCCUCCAGACAUUUGGAGAAUCUAGUCAGUUAUCGUGCCUCAUUUUUGUUGAAAGAAUCAUUACAGCUAAGGUGAUUGAAAGAUUUGUAAAAGCAGUUCCCCAGAUAUCUCAUUUUACAGUUUCCUAUGUAACUGGAAGCAAUACAUCGGCUGAUGCACUGACUCGUAAGAGGCAGAUAGAGAUAUUGGAAUCAUUCCAAUCUGGAAAGGUCAAUCUUCUAUUUACUACUGAUGUACUUGAGGAAGGAAUUCAUGUGCCAAACUGCUCGUGUGUGAUACGUUUUGACCUCCCCAAGACAGUUUGUAGUUAUAUCCAGUCUCGUGGAAGAUCUAGGCGUGCUAACUCUCAAUUUGUUUUGAUGUUGGAGAGGGGAAGCUUGAAGCAAAGAAAUCAACUCUUUGACAUAAUCAGGAGUGAGCGCUCCAUGACUCAUGCAGCUGAUAAUAAAGACCAUGAAUCCAAUUUAAGGGCUUUUUCAGUAAGGAAAACAGAAGCCUACUAUGUGGAUUCUACUGGCGCAUCAGUCACUUUAGAUUCUAGUGUCAGUCUCAUAAAUCAAUACUGCGAAAAGCUCCCGCGUGAUAAGUACUCUAACGCAAAGUCAAAUUUUGAGUUUCUGCCUGUGGAGGAAGGUUACGAGUGUAAGUUAAUAUUACCGCCUAAUGCAGCUUUCCAAAUACUAGUUGGUCCUUCAGGUAAAGAUGUUCGGCUCGCAAAGAGUCUUGUAUGCUUAGAAGCUUGUAAGAAGCUGCAUCAAAUGGGAGCCUUAAAUGACCAUCUUGUCCCAUUCAUUGAAGAUCCUUCAGAAGCAGACCCAAUUAUAAAAAGCAAGGAAUCAAGUUCAGGUGCAGGAACCACAAAAAGAAAGGAGUUACACGGCACAGCCAGCAUUCAGGCAUUAUGUGGUUCAUGGGGAGACAAAGUUGAUGGAGCCAAAUUUUAUGCUUAUAAAUUUGAUUUUAAAUGUAAUAUUGCUCAUGAACUUUAUUCUGGAUUCGUUCUUCUGAUGGAGUCAAAGCUUGACGAAGAUGUCGGAAAUCUGGAAUUAGAUCUUUAUUUAAUCUCUAAGACUGUGAAGGCUUCUGUCAUUUCAUGCGGGCAAGUUGAUUUGGAUUCUGAAGAGGUGAUGAAAGCAAAAUGCUUCCACGAGCUUCUUUUCAACGGUUUGUUUGGGAGAUUGGUUUUCAAGUCCAAAUCGGUCAAAGGAAAAUGGGAGUUUUUGCUGCAGAAUGACACAAACUCGUUGUGGAGUCCACAAAACUUAUAUUUGCUUCUACCACUCGAGAAGUCAAAUGAUAUAUGUUUGCAAAUACAUUGGCCUGCAAUCAGUUCUUGUGCUUCUGCUAUUGACUUUUUAAGGCGGAAAUUUUCAUUGGCGGUGGGAGACUCUGAUGAUAACAGCAAAAUCAUAUCACCACCUUGCAAUACCAGUUCGUUGGAUAUAGAAUGUGAAAGCACAAACAAGAUGCUUCACUUUGCCAAUUGUGCUGUUGACGUUAGUAAUGUGAAAGACAUGGUAGCUUUGGCAAUUCAUACUGGGAAAAUGUAUUGCAUCAUUGAAAUAGUUGCCGACUUAUCUGCUGAAAGUCCUUUCGAUGGAAACAAUGGAAAGUCUGAAGCAGUGACGUUCUCGCAAUAUUUCACUAAAAGGUACGGGAUCACGCUAAGACAUCCAGAACAGCCUUUGUUAAGGUUGAAGCAAGGUCAUAAUGCACACAAUCUCUUUUUGAACCUUCACGAUGAAGCAGAUGGUGGGGACAAGUCAUCACAAAUUGGCCCGGUAAUCCCUAAAGCCCCUGUGCAUGUUCACAUGCCACCUGAGCUUCUUUUCAUUCUGGAUGUUAAAAGAGAUGUGUUGAAGUCAAUGUACUUGCUACCAUCUCUUAUGUACCGUAUUGAAUCCCUCAUGCUAUCGAGUCAGCUUAGAGCAGAGAUAAAUGGUCACGCUAACAAUUUCAAGAUACCUAGCUCUCUGAUUCUAGAAGCACUAACGACUUUAAGAUGCUGCGAAAAGUUUUCUAUGGAGCGUCUUGAGUUGCUGGGAGAUUCUGUUUUGAAAUAUGCAGUUAGCUGUCAUCUCUUUCUUAAAUAUCCUAAAAAUCAUGAAGGACAAUUAUCUGCCAAAAGACAAUGGGCUGUUCGUAACUCAACCCUAUAUAAGCGCGGAAUAGAUCACAAAUUACAGGGAUAUAUUCGAGACUCUGCAUUUGAACCACGCCGUUGGAUUGCUCCAGGACAGCACUCUAUACACACUGUUUCUUGUGAUUGUGGGUUGGAAACCCUAGAAGUUCCUUUAGAUGAAAAGUUCCACACUGAAGAUCCAAAGAUUGUGGUUGGGAAGUUGUGCAACAGGGGUCACCGCUGGAUGUGCUCAAAGACUAUUGCUGACUGUGUUGAAGGUCUCAUAGGAGCGUACCACGUCGGUGGCGGAUUGAUUGCUUCACUUCACGUGAUGAAAUGGCUUGGAAUCGAUUCGGAACUUGAACCAUCCAUGGUUGAUCAAGCCAUUACUUCUGCAUCUUUGCACACAUAUAUGCCAAAAGUAAACGAGAUUGCAAGCCUUGAGGAGAAAAUUGGAUACGAAUUUUGUGUUAAGGGACUCUUAGUCGAGGCGAGCACACAUUUGUCUGAGUCAGAACAUGGAACUGGCUGCUGUUAUGAGAGGCUUGAAUUCCUUGGUGACUCGGUAUUGGACCUGCUCAUCACAUGGCAUCUAUAUCAAAAUCACACAGAAAUUGACCAGGGAGAGUUGACUGACUUGCGCUCUGCUUCAGUCAAUAAUGAAAAUUUUGCUCAAGUUGCUGUUCGACGAAACCUUCAUCAGCACCUUAUGCAUAGCUCAGGAUUAUUACAAGGCCAAAUAUCAGAAUAUGCAAAAGUCAUUUCUGAGUCAGAAGACAACACCAUAUCACUGCCAGGGAUAAAAGCUCCAAAGGCACUUGGCGAUCUAGUAGAAAGUAUUGCUGGGGCUGUAUUAAUUGAUACCAAGCUCAACCUUGAGUUAGUAUGGAAGGUUUUCAAUCCUCUGUUAUCUCCCAUUGUUACUCCUGAUAAACUUGAACUGCCUCCGUUUCGUGAAUUAAAUCAAUUAUGUGAUUCUCUCGGAUAUUUUGUAAAAGUAAAAGAAAGUCGUGAAAAGAAAGGAUCCAUGGAGAAUGUUGUGCUUAGUGUACAGCUGCCAAAUGCCCUACUGGUUCAAGAGGGAAAGGGUCCGAAUAAAAAAAAUGCGAAAGGAGAAGCUGCUUUUCAUUUGUUGAAGAAACUUGAGAAAAGGGGAAUUUCAUAUAGCAAGGGAAAAGGAGUAAUAGAUCUCAGUAUUCCUUCUUGUCAAACUGAAGAACAACCCCCAAAACCAGUAGCACAUAAAAAGCCCAAAUUGGACAAAACUAACCUAACUGCAAAUGCAUCUACUUGUGAUCAAAAGGACACUUCCACUUCCAGUGGAGCCUCUGAUUUUAGUGGUUCCAUUCCAGUCAUUUCAUCAAUUAGUACGAAGAAGGGAGGACCGCGAAUGCAACUAUAUGAACUUUGCAAGAAAAAGCAGUGGCCUUUGCCUGCAUUUGAUUCAACAGAAUAUAAAGAUAGAACUCAGUUUGGAUCCUGUGAAGGCUUGGAAGGAAGCAAAGGACAGAACUGUUUUGUGUCCAAAAUAACUCUGUGUAUACCAAAUGAUGGUAAUAUAGAAUGCCAAGGAGACGUUAGAAGUGAUAAGAAGAGUUCAUUUGACUCUGCUGCAGUUAAAGUGCUUAAUGAGCUACAACGACUCGGAAAACUUAAGAUUGAUGAUGUUUCCCAGUAGUCUGUCUCUUUCAUAAUCCACCAACCGGAUAUAAAGGUAACCAAGUCCUUUGUGCCGAUGCAACAUUGGUGAUUCGAUGUGAUUCGAUUCUCUAUGAUCGUGCUGCCUCUGCAGAAGAAAAAACAAGUGCAAGAGGAUAAACAACAGAGAGAUAGAAGCUGGAGAGAGGUGUGUGCAGGAGAGGAUCCAAAUCUGCAAAUAAGUUGGAGCCAGUUUUUAACAUUAGAUUUGAGCGGCAUUUAUUUUAAAUAUAAUUAACAAAUAACUUAUGAAUUUUAAUCGAUAUCUUUUUGUAUAAUAUGAUAAUAUUUAUGUUAUAGUUUAUUUUGAAAUA